CCGGGAUUGAAGGAAUACAUACCUCUUCCUCUUCUUUUUUGUUCCAUUUCACUUGUAUCCUACCUAUCACCACAUCUCGCAUCUAGCAAUGCAAAAGUCGUUGGGCUAUUACGUCUACGAAAAAUUCUUACAAUACGAACUCAUGACGGCCGUGUAUGUCAUGGAACCUUGGGAGAAGACCUUAUUCAACGCAAUUCUAUUGAUCAUCGUGUCGCUGUCAUUUGCAACCUUCUAUCAAUACACUCCCGUCAUGGUGAAUAAGGUUUCUGCUUUGCUUUGAUGAUGAUGCCCUCCAAUCCCGCUACUGUAUCUUUCUCUCUCUCUCUACACACAUGCACAUACUAUCCAACUAUUUCGUUGACCAGCUACAUAUACUCUUUCUACUCUUACUACGCUUUAUGCUAUAUUCAUGU